UAUAAUCGUCGUUAAGUUUAUUAUAAUUUUACAAAGCUGUCAGAGCAGCACUAAACCACAAUUUCAGCAAGUAAUCAAAACACCAUGUCUGACUGGAGCAUUAAAAAUCUUUAAAGGUGAAGAAGGUGCACCCGGCAAACGUAAUAAAUGGCAAGGAACUGUUUUCUUAGAGAAAUGGCCAAAUGAAGACCAUAUUAUGUUAGAGUUACAUUUAAGCCAUAAUGCUAAUUUAAGUUUAGGAGACAAGUCCAGUAAACUAAUAUCAACAAAAUAUAUUCACAGAAUUAACAUGACCGAACCAACAUCAAUUGUAAAACAAAUUCACUUUGAGAUUGAUGGAAAACCAGAUCUAGGAUUUCCUGAACCAAUUGGGCUAUACCUAAAUGGUUUUGAUAUCUGUAAUUGUACUAAACAGUGUUUUAAUAAAGAUGAUCAUGACCCAAUGAUAAAUAAUAUGUAUGCUACCAAAGUUUCAAACUCAGUUACAACUUCUAAGGCAUGUACAAAGUGA